AUGCCACGACAAAGCAUCUUCAGGUCGCUCUUCGCUGCAAGCAGCUCCAGUCGGGCAGCACUUGCGUCCAAGCCUCGUAUCACGCCUCCGUCGGGUCAAGUGGCUGCCGGACCUUCGUCAACGCCCUCGUCAUCUCACACGCCAAGAGCUUCCCCAGCUUUCCGCUCAACACCAGCCUCUCGCCCCUUGUACGGUCCCGUCACCUCUCUGCUCUUCUCCUCUCGCAUCAAAACAUCAGCGUCACGCAGCGUCUCCUCACCUCUAGCCUCCCUCAUCGCUGCACCCUCACAACCCCACGCCUUGGGCGCGAUCCGCUGGACAACGUAUGGCUCCGAGUACCAACCGUCGCAGCGCAAGAGGAAGAGGAAGCAUGGGUUCCUUGCGAGAUUGAGGUGCAGGAAUGGGAGGAAGACGCUGCUCAGAAGGAAGAAGCAGGGGCGAAGGUUCUUGAGUCAUUGA